AGCAGAAUCUAUCAAGUCUGUCAUAGUAUAUAAGUCCAUUUAUGGUGGACCUAUGAGCAUUUCUGCAUUUUAGGCUGGUUACAUGUACAUAAAGUGAUCUGAUGACUGCCUCCAAAUUAAAUGAAAAAUGUGAUGUUGGAAGCCAAGAGAAAGUCAUGGUAUAACUUCUAAUGGCCCUCCUAAGUUUAGGAUAUUUACCUGGUAUAUAGCUGAUUCAGUUUCCAUUCUUCUUGGCUGUAAUACAUGUAUAUAUUACCAUGAAAUCAAAGUAGAAGACACGAUUCCUGAAAUAUUACUUUUGAUACUCUAUUAGUGGUAUCAAAGCCUCUUUUUCUCUGAAAACAAGUUUGAUCCUGAAACCAUGGCCGACCAAAGCCCCUCAACCGACUCAAGCAAGGCUGCCAUCACCACUCCAGCAAUUGCUGCCGCUCCAGCUGUUGGCCACCUAAACACCAAUUCAACCAAUGUCAUCACCUUCAACGUUGCUGUUCAGUUUCCAAUGAAACUCACUACUGAUAACUACUCGAGUUGGAGUAGGCAAUUUAUUUCACUACUCAAAGUAUAUCGGUUGUACGAGUUCUUGCUGGGAACGAGGCCAUGUCCACCUGUCGAUCCCACUCCAGAUUCACCCUAUGAUGUUUGGGUGAGACAAGAUCAAUCCAUUCAACAUGCAAUUUUGACUUCAAUUGCUGAAUCUAUUCACCCAUAUGUGGCCAGUACUGAAACCGCCCAUGAAGCAUGGAUUGUGCUGGAAAGACUUUAUGCCAAUAACUCUCAAACCAGAAUUGUGGCACUCAAGGAACGAUUGUCGAAUCUCAAGUGUGAAAGCAGAGCAAUCAUCGACUAUUUGCGUACGAUCAAAGAGCUUAUUGAUCGUAUUAGCCAUGCUGAGAAAACACCCCUCUCCAAUUCAACAAUACAAGUGCAUUUCUUGAAUGGUCUCGGAUCAGAGUACUGCGAGUUCAAGGCCUCUAUACGAGCGCGAGAUGGACCGCCAUUGUCCUUUGAAGAUUUGCAGGACAGAUUGUUGGCAUAUGAAGAGUCUUUACAGGGCGGUCGUGGUAGAGGUGGUCGACGAAAUUCAGUCAACAGGAAUCAUGCACAUGUGGCAAAUUUUGCAUCCACAUCUCGCAAGGCAAGAAAUGAAUGGUGGAUCGAUUCUGGUGCAUUCGAUCAUGUUACUCCAGACUUGUCUAACCUUGCAUUACAUUUGGAAUAUGGUGGACCAGAUGAACUGCUUAUUGGGGAUGGAUCAGGAUCGCACCACGGGAGUGACGCUUCUUCGAGGGCACAAUCAUCAUGGCGUGUACCGCCUACCCGCCCAAGGUCCACCUAAGACGGGUCCAAUGGCAAUGGUUGGAGAAAGAGCAUCUAUUAUGGAUUGGCAUGCAAGAUUGGGUCAUCCUUCGUCUAAAACUCUCAAUAAAAUUUUUCACCAUGUUAAAUUACCUAUUUUAGAUCGAUCUCGAUUUUCUUUAUGUGAGUCUUGCUUGUGUGCAAAGAGUCAUAAAUUACCAUUUGGCAA